AUGAUAUAUCCGACUCUUCAAGACUUGAGUAGAGCUCAGGUCGCUGAGAUUCUCGAUCGGAAUACUUACGACCCAACACAGAAGCCGGGAUGGCUACUGCCGAUCGAGAUGCGUUUUCGGCUGUUUACCAACUCAGGCGAUCCACUAAAUAUCGUCGUACUAGACAGCACAGAUAUUAAGGCGCGGCUCGAUCAGUGGUGCAGGGAUGCGAUUGUAUUCCUGGAUCCUAAGAGCGAGAACCUGGGCUCUCACGUCGAGAAACUGGAUGAUUUGCUUUCCCCUCUGAUAAUAUGUAGCUUCCUGGUUCAUAAGCAGAAAUGGAGCAGGGACGAAAUUAUUGAUAGGGCGUGUGCCUUACUAGCUCGAAUUCCCUCAUAUCCUCCUGAGAUUCCAUAUGAAUAUACGGGCAAACGUGGCCAGUCUCAUGCGGAAGGUCCGUGGCCAGAGGAGUACCUAGCUACUCCUUCAUCUUCUUCUCCUACCACAACAGCUAGAACACUACAAAAUGAAUACAAAUGGUCCAAUCUCCGGGUUUUAUCCAAGCCGAGUACCAAUGUCGUGCGGAUCGCUUUGUUCCUAGUGAUGCAAAGGAGCGUUCCUGUCGGCUUUCUCAGCGCCUAUCUAGACGCAUUGGUCACACUUCUUGACACGGCAACGGAGUUUCUCCUUCAGAAUUCAAAAUCUACGGCUGAUGCACGAGCUUGGCGAGAGGCCCUCGAGAAAAUGCGACCAAAUUAUAUGUGCAAAUGGGCUUUUGAGCUUCUUCGGACUGAUCUCAGUUCGGUGACGCAGGAUUUCAGAAGAAUGUUCGAGAUCUACAAUGUCCACUUUGGUGACCGUGCGCCGCGGUGCAAUGUUAACCCCACUGUUGCUGGUAAGGAUAACAGUAGCAGUAGCGGCAAGCUGAGGGUCUGUGAUGGGAGAGCGCCUGGAAACUGUCAGAGAUUUGAGUCCGAAGGCGUUCAGGAGCAAUCUGCUCAUGACGUUGAGUGCCUUGGCUCUGCUUGCGGUCGCCCAACCUGGGACGAACAGUCGUAUAAAAAUAUCAAAGGGGCCAGGGCAGUUUCUUUGGAAGAGACUGAUGAGGAAUACAUUCGAUACUGUCCGGUGUCUACGGAGACCAUGGCCGUGUCUCAUGUCUGA